AAUUAUUUACUGCGCACCUUGUGCAUGGUCGCCAGUUUAUGAAACAUGGCUGCCUCCGCGAUCCUCGCUGAUGUUCCCGCUCCUGGAUUUUCUUUUGAAAAUUGUCGCAGGAAUGCAUUUCUGGCGUCCAAGGGACUUGCUUUGCCUAAAGCGACCAAGACCGGUACUACUAUUGUCGGCAUCAUUUUCAAGGAUGGCGUCAUCCUCGGUGCGGAUACUCGUGCAACCUCGGGAAGCAUCAUCGCUGACAAGAACUGUGCCAAGAUUCAUUACAUGGCUCCAAACAUUUACUGCUGUGGUGCCGGGACUGCUGCCGACACGGAGAAGACGACCAACAUGAUUUCGUCGCAAUUGGAACUUCAUCGUCUGGCCACAGGGAGAACGGUGCCUGUGUGCACGGCAAACCGUAUGCUGAAACAGAUGCUGUUUCGCUACCAGGGCCACAUCAGUGCAGCGCUGGUGCUCGGAGGAGUGGACAACACCGGUGGCGUCCUGUGUUGCAUCCAUCCUCACGGGUCCACGGACCGGCUGCCCUACGUCACCAUGGGCUCUGGCUCUCUCGCAGCCAUGGCCGUCUUUGAGCGUGACUGGAAGCCCGACAUGACGCUUGAGGAGGGAAAGAAGGUUGUGAGGAAUGCUAUUGCUGCCGGCAUCUUCAAUGACCUGGGGUCUGGCAGCAACGUUGACAUUUGUGUGAUCACUCGGGAAGGCAAGGACUACAUCCGUCCCUAUGAUGAGGCCAACAAGAAGGGGCAGCGCCAACUGAGUUACAAGUUCAAGAAGGGCACGACUGCCAUCUUGUCAAGCAACGUGGUUCCCAUUGAGGUUGAAGAGAUCACUGUGAGACACCUGGAUGCUGAAGCCAUGGAUACAUCUGCUUGAGCAUUGGCGGCAACAACAAUCUUACUUUCUGAAAUAAAUCCUAAGGAAAAGCUGUA